AUGUAUUUUCUCAAAAAUUAUGUUUUAACUAAACAACCAAGUUAUUGGUUUAAUCAUAUUCAAAUUCCUUAUACUAUGAUGGGUUUAAGAAAACUAUUUCAUACCUCAAAUGUUUUAAACAGUUUACCUAUUAGAGACGGGUUACCCAUGAGAUUGUUACUACUUGGUAGUCCGGGUUCUGGUAAAGGAACACAAUCUUCUCGUAUACAAAGAAAAUUUAAUAUUUCGGUUAUAUCGAGUGGUGAUCUCCUUCGUCAAAAUAUAGCCCGUGGAACAAAGAUUGGUAAAAUCGCUGUAAAAGAAAUAGAACGUGGAGCCUAUAUAUCGGAUGAUAUCAUGAUUGAGCUCAUUACAAAGGAGCUUCAGAAUAAACAACAGAAUUGGUUGUUGGAUGGUUUCCCUCGAACAAUUAAUCAAGCAGUGGUUCUGGACGAUAGAUUAGCUAUGACAAAUCGAUCAUUAAAUUUAGUAAUCAAUCUACAUGUACCAGAAGAUGUAAUAUUACAACGAAUAAUGGAUCGAUGGGUACAUGUUCCAUCUGGACGUGUUUAUAAUUUAAGUUAUAAUCCUCCAAAAAUAAGCGGUAUUGAUGAUAUUACUGGUGAAAAACUGACAAAGCGUUCUGAUGAUAAUCCAGAAACAUUUAAGAUUCGUCUCCAAAAACAUCGAUCUUUAACUGAACCUUUGUUGGAAUAUUAUACGAAAAGUAAUAUAUUAAUUACUUGUUAUGGUCGUACGAGUGAUGAAAUUUACCCACAAAUUGAAAGGGAACUUUUAAAAAGAUUUGGAGUUGGAAAUUUUUAUUAA